AGGUGUUUCAACUUUCAAUGUCAGACAGGAAGGCCUUGAAGUUUGAAGUCUGUUUUCUGAAGACUAAUCGUAAAGUUUUUAAACUAGUUUUCGAAGUAACAACUUUCAAUUAAGUCUUCAGUUAGCGACCACCAUUAUAAAUAUAAACUGGAAAGAAAAUAUUAUACUUGUUACUCAAUGGUUUAAUUGGAUAAAACAAAUAAAAUGACUUAUACCAUUUCCAUUAUAAAAUUGGUUGCAUUUCUGGAUUUGUUAGCGGUUGGCCUUAUAGUUCCAUUAAUACCUAAUCAUGUUCGGCAAAUGGGAGGGAAUCAAUUAUAUAUUGGCCUACUUGGUUCGAUGUAUUCAGGAUUUCAAUUGGGAUCGGGACCACUUAUAGGCAGUUUAAGUGACUUGAAGGGAUGUCGAAAUAUAUUAAUUUACACUUUAUUUAUAUGUUCCACAGCCUAUGUGGCUUUGGGAUUAACAACUUCUGUUAUAGUCAUAAUCAUCUUAAGAGCAAUAUUAGGGCUAUUCAAGCAAACACAAUUAUUAACAAAGGCCCUGGUUCCCGAAUAUGAAAAGGAUGAAAAAAAACAAUCUGUUAUAUUUGGAAAGAUGGCCGCUAUUUCUGGAAUGGGGAUGACUCUGGGCCCUGUUAUUGGAGGACAUAUAGCUGAAGAUUUUCCAGAAAAUGGAUUUUUCUAUAUAUCUUUAAUUGUUGCAACUGUGUUUAUAGUGAAUGCAGGUUGUGUUAAUAUGCUGCCCAAGACCAGCAUCAAGAUAAAUAAGAAUGCUGUAAAGAAAAACCCAGAACAUAAUUUUUUACAACUAAUCUAUUCUAAUAGUAAACAAUCCGUUGAAGAGUUAGCUAAAGUUCAAUGGUCACAAUAUUGGGAUGUGUUUAUGUUUAAGGCACUUUUGGGCUUUUCAAUGGGUGUCUAUUAUUCAAAUUAUGCAUUAUAUUUAAAAUCACAGUAUGACCUUACACCAAAACAUGUGGGUUAUGUAAUAUCCCUGCAAGGUAUUAUUGGUGCAGUUUCUAGCUUUUCCAUGGGGUAUAUAAAUAGUUUUUAUCCCACUGACAAGGACUUUAGUGCAAGAAAUUACCAUGUAUUUUUACUUCUUUCAAUUUCAAUUUUAGGACUAUGUUUGUCAUAUAACAUAUUUAUUUACACUAUAUGGUUAGUUCCAAUGUCUAUUGGAAAUGCUGUGGGUAGGUUAGUUACGUUGGAAAUGAUAUUGAGGAAGAAGGAUCAGGAACAUAAAGGUACUUUGAUAGGUGCAUCCAAUAGUAUUGCAUCUUUAUCAGGUGUGCUCUCACCAAUGGUUUCUGGUUUGAUCGGACACUAUAUGGGUGUCAAAUAUGUUAUAUAUGCAUCAUUAGCAUCCAAUGUAUUAGCACUUGUUUUAAGUUAUCGUUAUAAAACAAGACACGAAAAAGUGGAAUAACACUACUUACAAGUCACAAAGUACAAAUUAAAUGUUACAAACAUUCCAA